AUGUCUGAAAAUAAGUCAGUGUUUGUGAAAGUGGAAGCUUAUACUCUGUAUUUUACUCUACUAAUUUUGGCUACAAUACUCACAUUUGCAAACCUUUUCUUAGGCAAAAACGCUGACAACAUGCAAACGAAUUUGAUGAACCGAAACUUUAUUUGCCUGGAUUUUGCAGCAAGAGAUUCGAAAGAAAAAAAAGUUACUGAUGAAUGCAUUCUAAUUUGCCGGAGAAAUUCUACUGCUUACUUCUAUGGCGUAGUUACGGCCGAACUACUCUGGAAUUUACCUGUGGUGAUAACGACAGAGAAAAAGCUUGCCAUAUAUCCAUGGUUGCCAUAUGAUCCCAUGUCUACAAAUUUAGUUUACGGUGCUACGCUGCUAUACACAAUGAGUGUUACUUUAUAUACUGGAUUCGCUGCAACAAUGAUGGAUCCAUUAAUUGGGGGUUUAGCUUAUAAUGCCACUCCUCGAAUAAAAAUUUUGAAGUAUAAUUUACGGUAUCUAGGCAAACACAUACAGAAGGUCACAAAUAAACUAAAUGAGUACAGUACAAUAACAUAUAAAAUGGCUUACAAAGAUCUGAAGCAGUGUGUGAGACACCACAACCAGAUUUUAGAGAAGGUUUUACUUAUGAUAAUGGAGCGUUCAAAAAGAUCUAUGGUUUUUACUGCUGGUGCUAUUAUUGAUGUUACUCUUGUGACAUUCCUAUCGGUUCUGAAAACAAGUUACUCGUUAGUUACCGUUUUAAAUAAUUUAGACAUAUCUAGAAUGGAAAAAAUGUACGGAUAG